GAUGCGCAUGAGACUUGAGUAUGGAACGCCGUUUGGGUCUUUGCGUGUCAAAAAGAUACACAUAAAAUAACACUAUUUGACUUGUGUCKAAUAKGCUUCUUGACCAAUCAGGGCCUGAAUAUGACUCCAGGUCACAUAAUUUAACACGUUCAUACAUUUUUUWCGUAGUUAUUACACAUUGAUUACACUCACUCGUAAUUCAUAUGUCACAAAGAUUCACCUAUACGUAUGCUAUGAGUCAUAGAUUUUUGUCACUGAUGAUCCACAUUUGCAUAAAGGURGUUUGGACUCCYCCCAAUUCUCWGGUACUGAUAACAGACGUUCACUCAGCUUCUGUUCUUCCGAGGUAAAAUAAGCUGUCCAAACGGUGUUCCAUAGAGUUGUCACAUUUUCAUUUGGUACUGUGCUACAAAUAGAACAAGGGGCAGGCAGUGUUGGUCACACUUCUUGAAAAUGCCUACAAAUGGGUUGAUUUGGUUGGAUGGAAGGUCAGAAAGGGAAGUGACUGCUUUAAAUCUUUGUACAUGUAACUCACCUAUCAUGGGAAGUUCUACUGGUCUCUGUGUGAACGUCAACCCCAGGAAAUGUAGCCUUAUCUGUCUGUCAAUGAAGAUGAACAAAUACCACUUUUGGGAGCCAGUUUGCACAGCCUUUUCCCCUCCUAUUUUCUAAUCUCCCACGGAAAUCAAUACACAAACAUGAUGGAUUACAACUCUUCUUGUCAUGGUGACAAGUUCCAAGUGCAGUUAUUGCCUUCAAUGUACGGUGUUGAGUUCUGUGUGGCGUUGGUUGGMAACCUGUUUGCCCUGAGACUCUUGGCGACCAGGGAGAGGAACAACUGGCACACUGGUGUGGUGCUGUCCUGUAACCUGGCRAUCAGUGACCUGCUCUAUGUCCUCACCCUGCCCCUGCUCAUAGUCUACUACAUGCAGGAGAACUGGCUGUUUGGGAUGGCGGUCUGUAAGAUAGAACGCUUCCUCUUCACCUGCAACUUGUAUGUCAGCAUCUACUUCAUCAUGUGUAUCAGUGUGAACCGCUAUGUGGCCAUUGUGUACCCCUUCUUCAGCUGGAACAAUGUGAACCCCGCCAAAGCCAAGGCUGCCAGUGUCGUCAUCUGGAUCUUUGUGACAGCCAUCUCCUCUCCUGUGCUGAAGUUUGCCUCCACAUGUCCAGAGGGAAGCAAACAAACCAAUUGUGUAUCCUACUCCUAUUGCACCAACAGUGAUGCAGUUGAAGUUGCAUACACUCACUUGUAUUACAAAGUCUUUCUGUCUGUGGCUGGGUGUUUUAUUCCCUUCCUGGUCACAUUUGCAUCAUACUGCGCAUUGUUGAGGGCGGUGUGGAGGAAUGUGAAUAUAACCUCCCUGGAGAAACGGAAGGUGGCCCUGAUGGUGUUUGCGGUGGUUGUGCUGUACGCCAUUUCCUUUGUGCCUUAUCACCUCCUCCAGACCUACUAUUUCUUCCGCAAGGUUGAUGAACUUGGCUCUGUCUGCGACUGGGUGUACAAGGCCUACCAGGUGUCCAAGGGACUGGCUACACUGAACAUGUGCAUCCAUCCACUGCUCUACAUGGCUGUGUUUGAUAACAUCCGAGUGGCCUGCUGUGGAAGGAGCUCAGCAGAUAUGGCAAUGAAUAAUACAUGAACAAAAUGAUGCUCUCUCUGCUCCUUGGAUGCUUGCACUUAUGGUGUUUCUGAUAAGCAAGUGUUACACACAGUUGAUGACUUAUCUGUAAAUAACUGCAGCUAUAUGCACUUCCUUCCAAUGUUCUGAUGUAAGAUGUUUUUGAUGGUCARGUUUCUUUUCAUGAAGUKUAAACUAUGCCCUCUUCUA